UCGCAGGAGGGUCAAAGUCUCCUUCUUCUUCGUUAAAUUCACAUACUUUUUUAAAAGAAACAUAACCAUAUUUAUUUUUAGCUUUAUUCCUAGUUAUAUAUAUGGGGUCACCUUCUUGGUUAAAUUCACAUUCUGUUAUAGUGUUGUUGUGUAAGGGAAAACAAAAAAUCUUCAAAAAAAGAAAAUGACAUCUAACAAAAUCUCCUUCUUCUUGGUUCUUUGCUUAUGUGUUCUCUUAACUGCAGAGUUUGGAGAAGCAAAAAGUAUGAAUCCAACGGGAAGACGAUGCCCAGAUCCUAACGGUGUGGACAAAAAAAGUGUGUGUUAUAGUUACUGUAAGACACAAGGUUUUAUGGGUGGUUCUUGUCAAGGCCACACGGGUAAUUAUAUGUGCAAGUGUUAUGAAGGAUAAAUACAUUUCUUCUACUCAUCUUUCAACAUAUACUAGGUGAAUACCCGCACUACGUGCGGAUUUAUGUGUUACGAUUUUUAAAUUAUUUUCAUGUCA